CACUCUCACUGAGCUUGCGUAGAAAAUAACAAAACGCCAUUUUCAGUGAACUUUUGUUUCGGGUACAGAUUUAGUGAGAGAAUUAGGCCAAAAUCACACAUAGGCAGACGGAAAAAGAUGUAAAUAUGGCCUGUGUGGCGUCUCUUAAGCAAGAACUCAAACUCUCAGAAUCACUGUUUGGUAAGGAUAAUGAGAGAUUUCAGAUCCAUGCUGCCACCAUGGACGAGUUGACGUGCAAGUUCAUCGGCUGUAACAAGGAGGAAUUUGUCGUACAUUGUAAUUUCACAGACUCAUACCCACAGACUCGACCAGUAUGGUUUUCCGAUUCUGACGACCCUGUCUUGUCAACUGUUCUUCAACGUUUGUCUGAAAUAAGUGCUUCGGGACAGCUUCUCCUAAAAAUGAUCAGGCGGCUGGUUCGAGACCUGUGCAAGCUACAUAACGUCCAAGAGCCUUCUACAAUGUCCAUCUUAGAUCAAGAGCUACCCUCAGAGAAAAGCGACGACGAAAUGGCCAGUGCUGACGAAGAUGACGGUGCUGACGAUUUUGCACACGAAGAAGACGACGACGAGGACGAAGAGGAGGAGGAAGAAGAGGAGGAAGAGGAGAACCAGGACAUGGACGACUGUAUGGAUCACUACGAGAUGGAGGAAGAGCCAAGCAAAUCAGUCACAGAGAAGGACGACAAGGACAUAGACGCAGAGAACUAUGCAGUACUGGAGAGAUUAAAAUCCAACCAGAGAAGAGACUACUUAAAGGGCUCAGUGUCAGGGUCUGUGCAGGCCACAGACAGGCUGAUGAAGGAGCUCCGAGACGUCUACCGGUCAGAGGCUUUCAAGAAGAAGAUGUACUGCGUUGAGUUGGUCAACGACAGUUUGUACGACUGGCACAUCAAAAUAUUAUCAGUUGAUAAUGACAGUCCGCUCUAUGCAGACUUGAAACAACUCAAGGAGAAAGAAGGCAAAGAUCACAUCUUGCUAAACAUGACAUUCAAGGAAAACUUCCCUUUUGACCCGCCGUUUGUCCGAGUCAUCUUCCCCGUGCUGACUGGCGGCUACGUGCUAGGGGGCGGGGCCAUCUGCAUGGAGCUGCUGACCAAGCAGGGCUGGAGCAGCGCCUACACGGUGGAGGCGGUCAUCUUGCAGAUCGCGGCCACACUGGUCAAGGGCAAGGCCCGCAUCCAGUUCGGCGCUUCCAAGCAGCGCCAAUACAGCCUGGCCAGAGCGCAGCAGUCGUUCAAGUCCUUGGUGCAGAUUCACGAAAAGAACGGAUGGUUCACCCCACCGAAGGAGGACGGUUAGCUGGCUGGAUCACACGAUGCCCUCAUCAAACUUGAACUUAUUGUCGACACCCACGCAAGUUCAACUCUUGCGGAAGCCAAACAAUAGAACCCACGAAAAGAAAACGAAACUUCCUUGAGACGAGGAGGGGGGAAAAAACGACUUACAAAAUGUGGAGGUGUGUCGGUAGCACGAGCUAAAGAACACUGCAGAGAUUGGAUACAAAGAAGUUGACUUUGUUUCUCUGGAUAGCUCGAUACGGAAGGAAUUUUUGUUUUCCCCUGCAGAGAUUGAAUAAUGUGCGACAAAAUUUUCAAAGCAUGACCUUUCUUGGAAUGUUAGCAACAGUUUUUUUUGGUCCCGUUUUCUUUUUUUUUUUUUCCCUUGAGAAAACACAGCAUUGUCACAAGAGAAAUUGUAUUAAGUGUUGUUGAUGUUACUGUAACUGGGCUGUUGUGUAUCUGAAGGUGGGACGGAGUCAGUCUGUUCUCCGUCAUCCAGGUGUAUUCCAUGAAAUGUCAAACCGAAUCUAAACUCCGGGCCUGCUCGGGCAGCAACUUGCCGUCCUAAAUUAACGUCUGGAACUGGGACUGAUGAGGGCCGGUCACAUGACAGGCAGUCACAUGACCAGGCCAAUGGGUCACCAGCAGCCUGAGGAAGACUGAUGCUCGCACAACAUCGCAAGCUGCUUUCUGAGCAAAGCCAGGAUUUGGCUAUUUCUCGGUAUUUCCCGCGAGGUAUUUUUCCCCUAUACUCUGUUGCCCUUCGACAACUCGACUCGCUAUCGUCUGAAGAAAUCAAAGGGAGAAAAAGGAACAUUGCAUUUGCAGUCAGGAUGAAAAUCCUGCUCUCCUUCUCAAAUCGCUACGUUUCUAUCGUUCAUCCAGUCGUAGUUCUUAAACUUUCACACCGGAUUCUCAGUCUCGCUUUCAGGAAAACAAUCUCUUAGUAGACUCUAGAUGGAACAUGCCAAGGAAUUGGAGGAGCUCAUGUCUUGAUGGGUCAUGAAGCAGUGUUGUAGUUGAGUACAUUGCUGUGAGUAUGAGUACUUCAGCAUGAGUAAAAAUGGGGCGGAAAAAGGGGGAAUGAUUUGUAAUCUAAUGAUUAGCCGAGAGUUUUGAAAAAAUUCCUCCUUACAACAUGUGCCCCCCGCUGGAUACACCAGUGAGGAAAAGCACUUCAUCACAACUAGGACUAAAUGGAGUGAGUUUGGGUGUAAAUAGGCACCAAGGAUCAAGGUUAUGAGCUUAUCAGUGUGGGGACUGACCUCAGACCUUCAGGGUCAGAUGUUUGAGAUUUAGGUCCCCCCCCAAAAAAAAACUUCUGGUCUAGUGUGAAGAUGCAACCAUGAAGUUUCCUCUUAACAUCUGGUGCUGAAACAGAGACAGUAGCACUGUUAUUGGGAAGGUUUUUUAAUGGUGAAAUGGGCGACACAUGACAUCUUGUUGAUGAUUGGUAAAGUUGCCUUUACCUAUUUUGGAUUCGCUGUGGAGCAGUUUCAAGCAUUAACUAUGGUUUACUGACUUCACGUGAGGGCAAGGUGGUUUGACCACUCCCGUUGAUGUCUUAGAACUUGACCAAGGUUCUCACUAGUCUUGUUUUGCCACAGAAAAUUGUGGAGGCCAUUGAUAAUAAAUUAUUAUCAACAAAGCUGCAAUUUUGAGAGUAGCAAGACAUGCAAGCAACAGGCAAUGGAAGACAGAGCUGAGAUUGCAUCAGUAAUGGGGUGACCAGUGUCCAUUCAGGCAGGAUUGUAUUGUGCAAUGACAUUGGUUUUGACACUCGCCGGCUGCCAGCCUGUAAAGAUCACAGCGCAUGAUACGGCCUGCAAGGGAACUAGCGAUUGCUCUGGGAACGGACUUGGAUUAGGUGAAAACUGCCAUUCAUUUUUAAUACUCAUGGAAAUAUCUGACCAGCUCACCAUGCUUUCAAAGGUUUAGGGUCACAGUUUACCAGCUUGGCAAAAAUAUAUUUCGUUAUUAGAAAUGUUUACUUGAAUCUUUUGUCCUCUCAGAAAUUUGUAAAUUGAAAGUCACUCAAUUACUUCUAGAUUGAUUUCAUUCUGCGAAACAGUGUGAGAAGUCACAAUUUUUUCUAGCUGAAAAUGGGAAGGAAAGCGAAAUGUCACCGGCAGAGGUCGCUUUCGUGUCGAACAUGCCGCCUUUGAAGCAAUUUUACCCGAUCAGUGACCCCUGGAAAUUAAUUCGUAAAGUAGAUUUUCAGGGCAAGCUUUCUAAAUCGAUUCUUUCUGUAUGCUCCGGAAAUCAACUUUUUUCCGUCAGUAAAUCGCUGUGCUUUUUCUCAAGCCGACUCCAAUUUUGGUGGUUUUGGCCCACAAUAUUAUUGUAUACCUUGUACAUGAUAUAUAGUGGAGUUUUGCAUCGGAUACAGAAGUUUGCAGCAAGCGCCCUUAUGUGAAAAAUCAUUCGUUUCCGUUUAGUCUUUGCAUCUUUAAAACGAAACUCUCCGCGGACUCUUCUCCCCGUUUGAAGAACCCCGUGGCAUGAACAUUUUGGUCACAAAACUGAUAUUUUCUGUGUUAUGUGCCCGUAAGCAAGAUGCUUCAACAAACGGUAUCUUUUCCUCUUGGAGACAAGUUGUGGCACUGCCUUUCGUCGAGCCUUUAUUCUCUCUUCCAUGAUAUUCUUGCUAUUUUCUUGUAAAAUGUUCUGUUCACUCUCGGUUAAUGUGUAACGGUUGUAAAGUCAGUGUUAAUACAAAGGGUUAAAAUAACAUGACAUGUAUACGUGUACAUAAAACCGAAUGGGAAAUCUUUGUUGUACAUUUUUAAAUGAACGAUUUCGCGGUCGAAGAGGCGAGCUACGAGAAAUGUCAAAUCCACUGAUCUUUUUUUUUUACAUAUCCACAAUGAAACGAGGAAAAAACGCCAGUAAUGUAAAUGUACGUAACUUAAUUUGUACAAUUCAUUUAAUGAUCUGGAUCUAUUUUUAGAUUAGUGUGUAACUUAAUCCUAUCAGAAUUGUUGACCUAAUAAAUUUGGUUCAGAACUCAGUUGAAGCAUCUAGACACGUGAAACCA